UGGAGCCGGGAGAGAGAAAACUCUGUUACUCACUCCGUCUCCAACUUUGAGAGGAAGUUACCACCUCUUCCCCAGACUCUGUACACACACACACGUUCAGGCAGACGCACACACACACUUACACACACUCUUCGGGACUUGACCACAGCAGAAACGGGGAAUCAACUGAAACAGUCAGGACUGCUUGUAAUGCUGUGUCUCUUUUCAAAAUUUGGAGGGAAAGAAGGGCAGUUUGCCUGAAGCUUUCUGUGUGGACUGAGCACUUUGAGAGAGACGUUUCUUGUCAUCACAGACCGGGUGGCCAAAUGAACUGUUUAGCCUGAGGACCAAAGAUCACAGGCCCUGAUUCAACAGCGAGGGAGAGAAAGGGAGAGGAGUGUGAUCAUUUCGCAUCCAUUCUCCAACUUCUCAUUACACUAUGAGCCGGGACUGAGGACGGGCUUCAUAGUUUCAUUUUGUGGUCUGAAGAAAUCAAACGUAAGAUCACCAUGGAUGUGAAGAAAAAAGAAAUGGACCUCCUGAGCAACAGCAUAGCUGCAUAUGCACAUAUCAAGGCAAACCCAGAGAGCUUCGGCCUUUACUUUGUGCUGGGAGUGUGUUUCGGCCUGGUGCUGACGCUCUGCCUCCUCGUCAUCCGCAUCUCCUGCAAGCCGCGGACCAACGUGGCCCCAUCCACGCCUGAGAAAAAACAAUUAAAGGACAUCAGUGAGGAGGAUGAGGAGAGCGAGGACGAUGAGGACGAAGACGGGGACGAUGUCGAGGCACCUAUCACUUUGCCCAGCACAGAAAUCCCUGUUGGUAAUCACACCAGCCAAUCAGACGGGACACUGAGUGUGAACGUAUUUACUUCAGCGGAGGAGCUGGAGCGGGCGCAGCGUCUGGAGGAGAGGGAACGUAUCAUACGCGAGAUCUGGAGGAACGGCCAGCCGGACAUCCUGGGGUCAGGGACAGGGACUAUUGGAAGAGUGCAUUACUACUAAGAUAAACAAGGCUUCAAGGGAAACACUGUGAGCUCUGUGAAGGACGGACAUAGACUUCUGGGUGGGCUCGAUGUCCCUGAGGCCUGUGAGACUUGUGUUAGAUACAAAGCAACAUCAUGGAUGGCAAUGAUGUGCCAACAGCUUGGACAGAGCUGAACUAUGUGAUAUUGCACUUCCUGUGUAGCAAUAUGUCCAACUGACUACAUGAAAUGAAACCAAGUGGUGUCUUAAAGACUGAUAAAAGCGUAUGGAAAAGAUGCAGUAUGAAUGUGGGAGCUGAUGGACACUUGAAGUCUAUUGAAAUGUAUGGCGCUUAUGACAAAAAUGCACACAUCUGUUUAUGUAUAAGUGGAAAAAGAAAGCAUAUAUUUGGACAAUGCAUGUACUGUAUUUUGCCAUGAAGAUUAUUUGAGUUUGCGGGGAAGAGAAAACACUUUCAGGUGUACUGUUAAAGGAAAUUACACUAUUUGAACAAGGGUCAGAUUAGUCUAACGUAAAGACAAUUAAAAUCUAAAGUCUUUAAUUUAUGAGUACAUUAACCCAUGUCUGUGUUUUCAGGGAUAAUUCCACCAAAGGAAAUGACCAAAUUAAAGCAUUACGACGAAACCGUUUGCUGUUGUUUCUCUUCGUAACACCCAGAUGUCAGACAAAUAUACAGCAGAGCUCAUUUUCUGUCUACCUUUGGGCCAUGGAUUUAUAAUCAAGAUAAAGACAGAGGGAGACGGGGGGAAUUUUGCUAAUAAGAUUAAUGGAAAGGUCAUUCUUUGUCAUUUGUUAUUACUGCUUAAUGUCUCACAUGUGUGCCUUAAAAGGUUAGAAAUACAGUUUUCUAAUAAAAUUUCUGGGAACUCCAAAA